ACUAGAGCCUGGGCAAUGGUGUAGGCCACAGCAAUGCUAACGUGAGAACUUCUCUACAAGGGAUUCUUCCGAGGGUGCUGGGAGCCUUUAUCUAUGGGACAGCUGAGCAGCCACAUCUUGCAAUGGAGAGAAACGCAAACAGUGGAUCCGGAGCCGCCAGAAGAACAGGCAGGCCCCAGCUAUAUUUGUGGCAGUCGCAAGCGUAAGCAGGGCAGUGGGCCCUCCUUGGGUCCAAUGUCUGAAACCCACAGAUCUCUAAACCAGGGAACCAAUCUACACGAAGUCUCCAACACACGCUAUGGGAAGAAAGCUAAGAUCAUAUCCAACUGUGCUUACCGACGUUUAUUUUUGAAUGGGGAAACCAGUGACAUUAAAAUCCGUGCUCUGGGGAAGGUAUGGUGUUUACACAAAAUGUUCCUACAGCAAUCAGGUUACUUUGCUAAUAUAAUCAGAGAUUGUUGGGAAGAAUCACAAAAUGAUAUUAUUGAGCUGGACAUUUGUGACCAGAACAUAGAUGUACAAUCUUUGCAUUUUGUACUUGGUUCAUUAUACAGGGACGAAUAUAUUUCAAUUGAGCCCCUUCAAAUUCCAGGAGUUCUGGCUGUUGCAUACUUGCUUCAAUUAGAGGAUUUAAUUCAGCAAUGUGAUGAGACCAUGAAGGAAACAAUCAGUGCGAAAACUGUGUGUCGUUAUUAUGCAGCAGCAGAAACAUAUGGGUUAGAUUCUGUAAAGCAAACUUGUUUUGAAUGGCUUCUCCACAAUUUGAUGACACAGCCAAGUGUCGAGCUUUACAAAGAAAUUGAUAUAGAGCUCAUGAAUCUUCUCAUCUCGUCUCCCAAUUUACUAGUAAUGCAAAAAGAAAUGGAUGUAUACACGACUCUUAAAGAGUGGGUGUUCCUUCGCUUCAACCCAGCGUGGAAAGGCUCAAUGAAACACCUUUUAGUCACUGCUAACAACUGGCUUUCCAAGUAUAGUGAACAAGUCGAUAACAUCACUUUUCUUGAAACAAACGAAGGAAUAAUAUUUCAACCAGUAUUUAAAACAUUGAGGUUUCAGCAUAUCAUCUGUGACCUGGCAGCCACAAAAGUUAUUGAACGAGAUAAUCUAAUACCUUCAGAAUGGUUAUCAACUGUUUACAAAAAAAAAUGGCUUUCCUUCCUACGAGCACAGCAGUGCAGGGAAAUUGGGCCUCGACACAUCAAUAAAGCAGAACUUGAAGGGUAUAGCAUGAGAUGUGGUAAAAGGAUUGUCAAGGAUGGAAGAUACUCCUGGAAGUGGUCAGGUUACAACUUCGGCUUUCCUUUACACGUCAUCUUUACCAGCCAUUAUAUAAUUUUCAAACAAAAUACUUUCAGGCAGCUAUGUGAGGGUUCUGCCUGUACACAAUGUAUACGAAAUAUUGCCUUCAGAUUAACCUUGGCAUAUUUCGAUUCUAGUGGGAAUCUAAGCUUCAGCAAAACAACUGGUUAUAAAAUCCUGACUUUUGAAAAGGAUGAAGAACAAGUGGUAAUGAAUUUGGAUAGUGUUGUUCUGAACUUCCCUUUAUAUAUUUUCUGUAACUUCCUGUUUAUGUCAUCAGAAAAUACAGGAAACUUAUAAUCUUAUCAGUAUGAAUAUACUAGCAUUUUGAAAACUUGAAAUGCUUAUUUAAUUUAAACACAAUUAAGAUGAGCAAUGAACACGCUAUUAAGGAUAUGUUAACAUCACAAAUAUUUACCAUCCAUUUUUAUUUAUUUCUAUCUAUGAAGACAAACUAUAACUGCAAGAAAUAUCUGUCAAAUCAAGCAGUAAAUGAUGCUAGCAUUUUUUGUUUUUCAUUUGCAAUCAACAGCCAUGUUCCAAAUUGAAAUGACACUAUACUUCUAUGGAACUGAAAGAAAAUUUACUUGUUAGACCAAUUCUAUAAUAACUAAUGUUGAGACAAAAUAAAAGGUUCUCUCCAUUGAAGAAACCGCGAUGUAAAUGUGCCUUAAAUUGUGACAAUAUAACAAGAGGGACUUCAGUCAUCAGGUAAAACCUGCAAUUAACU